AUGGAUCGUUUCCUCCUGCGUUCACCAGCUCGUCACCCCAAUGGCAAACCCAAACCACCUGGCUCUUAUUCAUCGAUCCGUCCUCCCUCUGUCUCAUUCCCAGAGUCUCAAACCUACGAACGAGAGCUCACUGUCCUCAAUUUUGUCUACCAAAUCGUCCAACUCUACCGAGUUUACCUUUUCAUCCUAUUCUUCCGUUUCUACCCCAACAAUCAAAUCUAUAUCUCUUACCAAAGCCCUACAUCCAAACCAUCUGUUUCACUUACACUCUGUGAUACCAUGUCCGAAGAACAUACUAGUAGUCAUCUCGAUCUUCAAACCGGUACCCCUGAUCCUUCUCAAAUUUCGGCAGCCAAAAUUUACGAAGCAAUCCUCAACCAAGACCACCCAAUCAAGUUAGCCAGUGACUCGGUUGUCAACUCAUCUCCUGGACAGCAGAAGAAGAAACGAAAUCGCCCCAAGAAGACCGGCAAGAAGUUUAAGAUUCCGAUACCCGCUACCGGAGAACUCAAGACGUUCAUUGAUCACGGGUCCACCUGCGAUGCCGAAGGCUAUCCAAUCUACCCCAACGGCGAAACUGUGUUUGUUCGCGAGCCUACCGAUCAAAUAACGAACUUUGGCCACAUUGCCUACCCCCACACUCAAAAGACCCAUGGCGCGAAGGACGGUCCUUGGAAGACGAUUUGGUUCAAAUGCCUUGGGGUCUUACAUUGCGAGGACGACUUCUGUGAAUAUGCGGCUCCACCACCAACGGCUGAAGGCAAAGCCGCAUAA